GCGAGUCCAGUCCAGUCCAGUCCGGUCCACUGGAGAAUCACGGGGGUCAGAAGCAACAGUUGAGUGCCGCUCGCGCUCUCUUCUGUUUUCCGUUCAAUAAUUCAAUUAAGCUUUAUUGAAUUUAUGGCAAAUCAAAAUUGACCGUUCAACUGUUGCCCUCGCCACGCGACUAAUUCGCACCACCCGGCCUUUCACCCAAAAUGAUGACCCACUGCGGUGGCCAUCAGGUGUCCUGCGUGGAAAUUAUUGUUCGCAAUUGGCCAAAUAAUUGGCCAGACAGGUUCGGGGCCCUUCAGUUGCCCCAACCCAUCGCUUCAUUUAUGAUUUACGAUUUGAAUAUUACUCUAAUUGUUGCUCCAUUGUCGAAUCGCAAAUGUUUGCUGGCAUCUCUCUAACGUAUUUUCGGUUUCUAAUUCGUUUCAGGCCAAUAAUGGUGUACAGCGGAUAUACCGGGCGAGUCCUGAGUGGCACGGAAAACAGAUCAACACACAUAUAUACAUACACUGUCACUACUGGAAUAUAAUAUAAAAAUUGACUUUAAGCUUGAGUAAUAACCAGCAUUUGUUUGCGUAUAGUUUUAACUUCCUUCGCAUAUUAUUUCAUUAAGAGCUGUCCUUGUUUUCCUUUGCCUUUUCCGCCCUUCGGUUCGCUGGCUGCGCAAUUUUAAUCAGCAAAAGGCAUUCAUCUUGUUCGCCAAACUAAUUUUUUAUCUUGCCAGCCAGGCCGUCGGGCAGGAGCCAGUGAGUGGGAGCGAGCCGGGCGGAGAUGGGGUCCUGGCACUUGCCGUCUUUCAGCCAGCGAGACAAGGCAAUGCUCUACGUCCUGGUCCCCAAAGAAAUGCCGGCAAAACACAGCAGGAAAAAAGUGAAACAAGGCUGGCAGGACGAACAGGAUGCGGCACAAGUAAAUGGUGGAAACUUUUAACGCCCUCGUCCUGGGCCCUGGAUGCUGAAUCCUGGGUCCUGGAUCCAGGGUCCUGGGAAGCUGCGGCGCCAGCUGCUGCAGCUGCUUCGCAUUCGCAUUUAUUUAACUAACAGUAAAAAAUUACUUUUGCCCAGGACGUUUCUCUCCCUGGGAAUUGUCCGACCAACUAUGUUGGCCAAAAGUGGCAGCCGGAAUGGGAAUGGGUAUGGGUAUGGAAGUGUGGGAGUCAUAGUGGCAGUGGUCCCCGGCGAGGACAUUCGUUAUGCUUAAGCAGAAGAAUACGAAACUGUACUUGACAGGGCCCACAACCAACCCUGCAGCUCUUGCUAAACUAAUAGCAAAAAGGAUCCCUUUGGGUUUCUAUACAUACAUAUAUACGGGGAGAAAUAUAAAAAUAAAUGAAAAAGCUGGAAAAAGUAAUGGCCAACACGGCGCAUGGAGACCAUCAUCUUGGGGGUAGAGCAGGGAUGUGUGUCCGCAUCUGUGCCUGUGUCCGUGUCUGUGUAUCCUGCAAGUCCUGGUCCUUGCUCGUUGGUCCUCAGCUCGGGGUUGUUUGCUGAAUGCUCUCGGGGCGAAAGGAAAAUGGCGUCGCCUUAAUUUAUUUUAAGUGGUUGAUGGUUUUAACUUCGAGCCAAGGAUGCCGGACAAAGGAGCCGAGCCCUUAAAGCCACUCGUUUUCCGGUUUUAGAAACGAAACGGGCUAGAGUGGGCGAUAUAGACCACAACAAAACCGAGGAAAAUCAACCCGGGCAUUGGAUGGCAUUGUGCCGUGUUCUUUGUCCAGCAACCGAGAACCCAGGAACCCGAGAACCGGAGAACCCGGGAACCCAAACCAGAGCCCCAGAUCCGAAGCCCCGGCUUUGUCUUUUCUAUAAACCAUUAUGCAAAUAGCCUCAGUGGGUGCCCCAUAAAGCCCCAAACUGCAAGAACAAGUCAAAUUUAUGGGCGACUUAACAAUUUGCCGGACCCAAGCAAAAGUUCGGCGAGGACGAAGACCCCAAACUCGGAACAAAACUGUUGGGGAAAAUCACGAGAAAUUGCAAAAACGAUUAAAUAUAGGCUGGCAGGCAUCCAGGAGCAACAACAUCCUGCAAGCCCUGCAAACGAAAGCAAACGAAUGCAAAUUAAAAUCUUCCCCUUAAGUCGACGGCUUCAGGAUUCCCAGUACCGCUCCACAUCCUUGCCAGCCCUCGAUGGCGCCAUAAAAAGUAUGUGCUCGUUCACACAGACGUUCCACUUGCCAGGACCUCCUCGACCGUCAUCCCCAAUCCUCGUGCAUCGGGCAUUUUAUGCAUAGGGGAGUCAUUAUAUUGAAUUGAACGUUAAAGCGCUGAUAAAUUGUGCAACAAAAGGACCAAAGGACGACCAGCGGGCCAAGGCAAAGUGAAACGUGAACGAGUUGGAGUCCAUUGACUCACCGCCUUGGUUGCAUAACCCAGCCAUCAGCCAUCCUCAUCCUCAACCUGUCCAUUCCCCCCAGACUUUAGCCCAUCAUCGUCGUCCUCAUCAUCAUCACCAUCGCCAUCGCCAUCGUUUCUCUGGGCAGUCGAAAAGCCAGUAAAGCAAUUGAGGCCUCAGACACUUAAAAUGUAAGCCAAAGGCCGACUGUCUGCCUCUGUGUCGGUGUGCCCACCCAACUUGAGUAUGCGAUUGUUGUCCGACGAUGUUCGUAGAUGUCAGCCAUAAGAUAUUUCCAUAGACACGCAGGCAGCGAAGGAGCAGGAGGAGCAGGACACCCGUAUAGCAGCAGCCACGAUUGAGUUGCUAGCUUCGCCAGACACCAGGCCAGACUUCGAGGGGGAUGAGGACCUAAAGGAUACUGGCUCAGAAUACUCGAAAGUAGGCUGUUACUGCACAAGGGUAUCUCAAGAGAAAUAAAAACAUGAAAAUAAAUGCAAACUUACGGACGCAGCACGUUUUAAAAAAGCACUAAAUCACAACUAAUGUUUAAAUUAGUUUCUAUGAUCAUAUUCACCUUUUUUAAAAAUCUGUAAAAUACAAUGUUAAGUUACCAAGAAUUUGUACUUUGUUAUUUCACUUCAUCAGUACAAAAUGUAGAGGUUCGUUAAAUAUUGUUUUAAGGCAGCUUCUUUGCGAUUUGCUAAAGAAUUAACACUUGUUGAGAUGACCUUAUGUAUCACCCUAACGAUUUCCAUUUGCUCCCUUCCCGCUCCAGUCGUCGUAUCGAAGUAACUGCCUACUUCCUCGAUGUCCUCGAAUGCCUCCAGCUGGGCUGGCCCCUCGUCCUUCGCUUCAUAUCCUGUCAGGAGCUGACUUUUUCCUGUUGCCGCUGCUUCCUUCCUUCCUUUCUUCUGGCUCUUAUCUUCGUUUAACUUUCUACCAUGUUAUGGCCCGUUAUCUGUCUGCCCGUGUACGUGUCCUUCGUGUCGGUGUGUGUUCGGUUUCUAUGUGUGUGUGUGUGUAUGUGUGUGCUUCCUCGUCUCUGUUUGCAUUUUUGAGCAAAUUAAGUGAAAUUACAUUUUUCUAUGCGAUGCUCUUAAUGUUAUUUGCAUACGUAUCCUGCAGGCUACAAUAUUUACAAAUGAAUGCAGUCCGGUGCCGUUCGCUUGGUCCUUGGUCCUCGGUCCUUGGGGGCUUGGUCCUUUCGAGAAUCAGACAAGCGGCUGUUGAACCAACCACCUUAACUGCCCAACUUCCCAGCAGACCAACCGUCCAGCCGAACUAACUACGUUUGCGAAAAUUCUUUCAUAUCCUUUUCAACCAUCGUUACGUGCCCUCAAAGUGCCAUUUUGUCACUGGGUCCUUUUUCUGCUACUUCCACUUCUUCUCGCACUCAUUCCACCAGCUGUCAUUUGCAUUUGCCUUUCCCCCUUCCCACUAACUGGCAUUAAUAUUUGUUUUCGUUUGAUAAUUUUCUUUUGCUGCCUUUUAUACUUUUAAGUGCACGUCCUGCCAUUUCCAGGACCCUUUCUCCCCAUCUCAGCUAUUUUUCCAACUAGUUUCUAUCUGCGUCUCUGUCGCUCGCCUCCUUGCCUUGGCCUCGUCUUAUUGGACUGCAGAGUAAGUGGCAGCAGCCAAGUGAAAAAAGGACGACAAGGACGAUGAAGAAGAGGAAUGCCGGCGAAAAAAAACCAAGCCACAUUUAAAUGUGCUCCGCCCCUUUUCUAUUUUAAAAAUGCAAAGCAUUUGCUUGGCUUUGCUUUGCUUUGGCCUGCCUCCUGCUUCUGCUCCUGCUUCUUUCCAAGGACCUUCUCUCUUCUUCUUCGCGGCUUCGUCCUGCUGCUGGCUCUUUCUUUUAAUUUAUUUUAUAUCUCUGCCUCCUUUUUCUGCGCGACGACGAAUGCGAAACCAAAACCGAACGCGAUUGCAAAUAGGUGGAAACGAAGGACUUGGCUUGAGGUCGCCUUGACUCGCCUUCACCAAUAAGAUUUUCGCUAGGUAACAUGGAAAAAAGCAUAUCGUGAAGUGGUCGGGCUAUAUAACAGGAAC